AUGGCUAAGGUCUGUUGCUGUUGCUCACUGGUGUUUCUUUCUGUGCCAGCAUUAUCAGACCCGGCAGCCAAGGAAAAUUGUAUGUUACACUUACUACGUUCACUGCCAGAGCCCAACCUCAGCACCCUGCUCUUCCUGCUGGAUCAUCUGAAAAGGGUUGCAGAGAAGGAACCUGUGAAUAAAAUGUCUGUACACAACCUGGCGACAGUGUUUGGUCCCACCCUGCUCAGACCAUCAGAGACAGAACACAAAGUACACACCAACACUGUGUCCGAUAUCUGGUCUCACGAAGUCAUGGCACAGGUGCAAGUUCUGUUGUAUUACCUGCAACAUCCCCCUAUCUCCAUUACCGAACUGAAGCGAAAUAUCCUGUACUAUUCCACUGAUGUGUAGAGAACCUGUGUUGGGACCCUCAGAAUCCUUCAAAGCAAGAGACUGUUGACCAAAAUAAAUUCAAAAUGAAGAAAACAUCACAGAGCGACUCCCAUUUGGAGUUUGACCUUUAUACAGUUAUAUGCCUGGUGCAAGAUGGGGAACCCACCCUGUAUUGUCCUGUCCUGUUUAUUAUGUGUAUAAGCACUGUUGGCUGCCCAUCCUUUGCAUUCUGUCCCUCGCAUGGUGCAUUUGUCUUGUUUAUUCCUGGAGCUGUCAGAAAUUCACAGAAGGCUCUAAUCUCCUGCUCCUGGAUCUGCUGUAAUUGCACGGAUAUUGAGACUCUGAUGGGGCAGCAAACAGUUCAUAACCAAGCAGGGAACAUCAGCAGGAGUCAGGUGGAUCUUUACUGGAGCCUGAUUUUGGAGUGUGCCUCAACAUUGGCAUUGACUGUGAUUAGCAUUUCAUACACUCCUCUGGUUAUUAGUAACCUUUUUGCUUGAUAUAAAUUGUUUUACACCUGUAGAUUAUUUUGACCCUCUGUGGGUGACACGGUCAUGAUUAAAUAAAAUUAACGUAAUAUUUGCAUAAAA